AUGAAUGAAGUGAUGCAACUGUUAUCGCCUGAGAAUGUAAAGGCAUUCUUUCGACGUCGUAAGAGAAGAUAUAUUAAACGUGAUCGAGAAGAAGCAGCCCAGCGACUAUUCCAAGAUUAUUUUGUUGAAAAUCCCACUUUUCCACCCGAGAUGUUUCGUAGACGAUUUCGGAUGCGUCGAGAGUUGUUUAUUCGCAUUUUAAACGGUGUUACAGCAUAUGACGAAUGGUUCAUCCAGAAGCCUGAUGCCCUCGGUCGUAUGGGGCAGUACCAAUGCACACCAAACGAAGAGGACAUUGCAUGUCUGCUUCGAGAAGGGGAAGAAAAAGGCUUCCCAGGUAUGCUUGGCUCUAUAGAUUGUAUGCAUUGGAUCUGGCAUGCUUUCUUUGGUAUGGCUAGUUCAAACAAUGACGUGAAUGUCUUGAAUCAUUUCCCAACAUUCAAUAGCCUGAUCAAUGGCACAAUGCCUCCGAUUAAUUACAAGGUAAAUGGGUAUCGACGUACAAUGGGGUAUUACCUAUCUGAUGGUAUUUAUCCCAAGUGGGUAACUUUGAUUCAGACCAUCCCACACCCAACAAUUAGCAAAGAUAAAUUGUUUGCUAAAAAACAAGAAGCCGUUAGGAAAGAUGUUGAACGAGCGUUUGGCGUGUUGCAGAUUAGGUGGGCUAUAACGCAAGGACCUGUGUAUUAUUGGGAUAAAGAAGAUUUAAACGAGAUAAUGAGAAUGUGCAUCAUAUUGCAUAAUAUGAUCAUUGAAGAUGAACGUGGACACAUUUUGCAAUGGACACCUCCGCCGGAUGAGCCAAUAUCCUUCCCACAUAUAUUCGAAACCCAACAAUGUUGGUGGCACACAUUUCCGGUCGUUUUAGAAGAAUUCGUAAUAGAGCGGAUAAUGCUAAUCUCAGGAGACAUCUGA